AUGGACGCAGCCGACAUCCCCUCCCUCCUCUCGCGCCUCAGUAGCGAUGAAGACGCCCUGCGCAAAAUGGCCGUCUUCAAACUGCAGAGCAGCAUCAACGACCCCUCCUUCGCCGACCUCUUCAUCGCCUCCAAUGGCCUAACCAUCCUGCGCCGUCUCAUCAUGAAUACCGGCGGCAACACCCUCGCCUAUUCCCUGCAAUCGCUCACACGCUUACUGGAAGUCGAUAUGGGCUGGGAGAUCUUCGAGACCUCUGGCAGCGGGGAGUUGGUGGAACGGGUCGUGGAGCUCAUUGUUACGCAUCCGCUGGUCAAUAUCCUGCGCGGCGCCAUGAGUAUCCUCGUUGCCAUUGUGUCACAUCCGCAGAACAAAGCUGAGCCAGGUGCGUUUGGAUUCAGGGCGUUGAAACCGGCUGUCGCGGUGUAUCCACAGUUUUUUGAGAUGGUGGUUAGCCAGUUGAAUAGUGCGGAUCAUGCGCUGUGCGCAAACGCGCUGAUGCUUCUUAAUGCGCUGAUGCGGGAUUCGAUUAAAGGCGGUCCGGGGGAAGAGUGGCCAAAGUUCAUUAAGCGGUUACAGGAUUUGGGCGUCAUCAAAGCGGUAUAUGUACUGAUGCAGAGUUCGGCGCUGCAGGAUCUGGCGCAUCCUCUGCUUGACUUCCAGGCAUUGACGAAAGUGCUACUGAGAAAGUGGAGAGAUGUCAAGGUUGAUCUGGAGAAACCGGAACAUAGACGGGCGCUGAAAGGAUUACAUUUGGCGAGUGCACCGGAGCGGAAGGAGAGUGGGGUUCAGAGGGCGGAGGCGCUGGCUACUGCAAAUGAUAAGACGAAGGGAAGUCGAAGGCAUAAUCCGGAGAAAUGGCGGAGAUUGGGCUUUGAGACUGAGAGUCCGGCGUGGGAGUUCGACCAAACGGGCUUCUUGGGUAUGAUGGACCUCACGGAUUACGUGCGGAAGCAUGAAGAUGGAUUUCAGAAGCUAUUACUGGAGCAGAGUUCGAAGCCAAUGCAUGAACGGUGUCCGAUUGCAAGAGCCAGUUUAGCAGUCACUGUUAUUCUGUACGAGCAUUUCGAGGUCGAUAAAAGCGAUGUCAAUGAUGCGAGGAGCUAUUUGGUUUUGGACGGGAUGAAAAACUACGAUAAAAUCUUCCGCCCUUUACUGUUACAAUGGUCAAGACUACAUACAGCUUCUUUGCAGGCAUUCUUUAGGUUAUGGAAGUCGACGGGGGCUGAACAAGCUGAUUUCGAUAAAGUGGCUGAGCUGGUCCGUAUUCUGAUUGAGCAAGUUGUUGGCCAAGCAUCGCGGACCGUUGACGUUCAGGAAGUGGAAGAAGAACUCACUGAUUUCGAAUACGCGCGCCUGAGAGAAUUGCAAAUGGAGAUAUUGGAGUUGACAUUUGAGGAUGAAUGGGGUCAGCAUCUCCAUCAAGUCCGCGACGAACUCAAACGCGAGGCCCUGCAAUUUGUCAAAGAACAACGAAUUCGCUCACUACUUCAAGGGGCUUGGUUCCCGCGUUCAAAUUCUUCCAGGGAUGGGCGGUCAAGUUGGAGAUUCGUCAAACUAUCGCACAAUAGGCGCUUUCUCCAUUACGCGGAUUUCAUGACGCAGAGUAAACAAGAUCCACUACUUGACGAACUCCACGAGAAAAUCGACCUCAGCACCAUCUCUUCGGUAGUAUCAAAUGUCUCUGCUUCCAACGAAUCAUCAUCUUCUGUUACAUCAUCCUCAACAGUCACAAAACAAAACUCGACAACGACGAAAAUCACCAUAAACUCAUUCAUCACCUCGGAUUCUAGUUCCGGCGCAGGUGAUAAGGAAAGAGCGAUACUUACAUUGAUGCCGAUAUCUCAUAGUAGUGCGAGUGAAUGGCUCGAUGGCUUGCUCAUGCUGCUUAAUCAAGCGCCUAUUACGGCGGAGACGAAUAAACUUGUUGCGUUGAUCGGAGAGUAUGGGUUGAAGAUCCGCUUAUUGAAUGUUAGGGAGGAUGGUAGGGGAAAUCGGGAUGGUGGAGGAGUGGUUCCUGGACGAGAGGGCGUUGAUGAGGAGUAUUGGUUUGAGGUUUGA